AGUAUGUACCUCGUUUUGCACGCAUUGGGGAUUGGGUUGAUGCCUUGAACACGUAUAAUUCGUGGAGAACUUCUGACAGAACACAGAACUGCCUCAUCUCAUUGGAAAGGGUGGGUGGUCGCGGAUAAUUCUACUGCACGCUAUUGGAACCGUGGGGUCACUUGACAAAUAUUGUAAUUACCACAGGUGAAUUCUAAAUACUUUAACUUCCUCUAUCCUCCAAGAAGAUACUUUCCUCAAAGACAAAAAAGCAGCAAAAAUGAGCCCUUCAGCAACAGAAAUCUCACAGACCACCAUGGCAAAGCCUACCAAGUCUAACAUUGGUGUUUAUACCAAUCCAGCACAUGAACUGUGGGUUGCAGAAGCAGAGCCAUCGUUAGAAAGCAUUGAGAAGGGCGAUUCAUUGAAGCCAGGAGAAGUCACAGUGGGAAUUAGAAGUGUCGGUAUCUGCGGGUCGGAUGUACACUUUUGGCAUGCUGGGUGUAUAGGCCCAAUGAUUGUCGAAGAUACACACAUACUUGGACACGAAUCAGCCGGUGUUGUACUCGCAGUCCAUCCAUCGGUUGAUAGUCUGAAAGUCGGCGAUCGAGUCGCUGUUGAGCCAAACAUUAUCUGUGGUGAAUGCGAGCGAUGUCUCACUGGUAGAUACAACGGAUGUGAGAAGGUCUUGUUUUUGUCGACGCCACCAGUUCCGGGGCUUCUUCGCAGAUAUGUCAACCACCCUGCAACCUGGUGUUACAAGAUUGGAAACAUGUCAUUCGAAGAUGGAGCAAUGUUGGAACCUUUGAGCGUCGCAUUGGCUGGUUUAGAAAGAGCAAAUGUUAAGUUGGGAGAUCCAGUUCUCAUCUGCGGAGCUGGGCCUAUCGGUCUUAUCACCCUCCUUUGUGCUCGAGCCGCUGGAGCUUGCCCGAUUGUUAUCACAGAUAUCGAUGAGGGAAGACUUGCAUUCGCCAAGGAGCUUGUUCCUUCAGUUACUACGCACAAAGUCGAGAGAUUAUCCGCGGAAGAGGGUGCUAAAUCUAUCGUAAAAUCCUUUGGGGGCAUUGAGCCAGCAGUCGCUAUGGAGUGUACUGGAGUUGAAAGCAGUGUAGCUGCAGCUUGUUGGGCAGUCAAAUUUGGUGGAAAGGUGUUCGUGGUCGGUGUAGGCAAAGAUGAGAUGACACUACCAUUUAUGAGAUUGAGUACCCGCGAGGUGGACCUACAAUUUCAGUACAGAUACUGUAACACAUGGCCAAGAGCUAUUCGAUUAGUCGAGAGUGGUAUCAUUGAUAUGAAGAAGCUGGUAACCCAUCGUUUCCCACUGGAAGAUGCGAUUAAAGCCUUCGAGACAGCAGCAAAUCCAAAGACUGGUGCUAUAAAAGUUCAGAUCAAGAACGACGAAUAGGGUCGAUUAAGAUGAAAUCUAAUGCAAUUUGUCGCGAUAGUAUAGUGUAGACCGUUCAAUUGAAUAUAAUAAAAAGCUUUCUUCAA